AUGUCCAGCAAGUUCGGGCUCGCCGGCGGAAUCCCGGAGCGGCGGGUGCGGCCGAUCUGGGACGCCGUUGACUCGCGACAGUACAAGGCUGCGCUCAAGCUCUGCACCGCGCUCCUCACCAAGCACCCCACCUCCCCCUACGCCCUCGCUCUGAAGGCUCUCAUUUUGGAAAGGAUGGGGAAGCCUGAUGAAGCACUGAGUGUCUGUUUGAAUGCCAAGGAACUAUUGCACUCAAAUAACAUUUUCCAUUUUGAUGACCUCACUCUUAGCACGCUACAGAUAGUGUUUCAAAGGCUUGAGAGAUUGGAUCUGGCAACUUCAUGCUAUGAGUAUGCUUGUACAAAAUACCCUAAUAACCUGGAAUUAAUGAUGGGACUUUUUAACUGCUAUGUGAGAGAGUACUCAUAUGUGAAGCAACAACAGACAGCAAUUAGAAUGUAUAAAACUGUAGGAGAAGAAAGGUUUUUGCUUUGGGCAGUUUGCAGUAUUCAACUGCAGUUCUAUUUCAGCAGUGGAGGUGAGAAAUUACUAGCACUGGCUGAAGCAUUGCUUAAAAAGCACAUAAGUUCGCAUAGUUUACAUGAGCCAGAAGCGCUCGCUAUCUAUAUUUCAAUUCUGGAACAACAGGCAAAGUAUGAUGCUGCUUUGGAAGUUCUUUCUGGAGACUUGGGAUCUCUUAUGGGAAGGGAGGAGGACAAACUUCGUUUGCAGGGACGGCUUCUUACUCAAGCAUGUAACUAUGUGGCUGCUUCUGAGAUAUAUCAGAAGGUUCUUGAGUCUUGUCCUGAUGACUGGGAGUCCUUUCUCCAUUAUUUAGGCUGUUUGCUGGAGCUUGAUGUGAACAUGCCUAAACCAACCACUGGUGGACACACUUGCUCUUCUUGCUCUGUAGAUUCGACUAUGUUGAACAAGACUUCUCUUAGCGAGGAAGUGGUUGAAUCUCGCCUUGCAAGUGCAUUAUCGUUUGUGCAAAAGCUACAAAAAAAUGAGUCUGGUGACUGUGUUAGAGGACCCCAUUUAGCUAAUAUUGAAAUUCAACGUCAGCGCCGUCUCAGUGGAAACACAAUCGAUAGGAAGUUCAUUGAAGCUUUGGUAAACUACUUCCACAGAUUUGGUCACCUGUCUUGUUCAUCGUCAGAUGUUGAAAUAUAUCUCCACAUGCUAUCGAGUGAUGAAAUAACUGAGUUGCUAGACACAAUUUCCAGGUCUUUUGACGCAUCAUCAGUUUCAGUAAAAGCACUGGGAUUGACAAUUACUACUUUUAAGGUUCAAGAGCUUUUGGGAAUUUUAUUAUCAAAAUCAACUACAGAUCUGCAGCGUAUUGCAAAAGGUAUGGUUGAGACAUUUUAUAAAAACUUGCCUCUCUCAAGGGACCUGGAUCCCCAGGAAAGCAUGCAUGGUGAAGAACUACUUUCUAUGGCUAGCAGUAUUCUUGUGCAGCUAUUCUGGCGUACAAGGAACUUAGGAUACUUACUUGAAGCAGUUUUGGUGCUAGAGUUUGGAUUGACUGUUCGCAAGCAUGUCUGGCAAUACAAGAUUACUCUGGUGCAUCUGUACUCUUACCUGGGAGCUCUUCCAUUAGCACAUCGACGGUAUGCAAGCCUGGAGGUCAAAAACAUUCUUCUAGAGUCCAUCUCACACCAUAUUUUGCCACAGAUGCUUAGUUCUCCUUUCUUGCAACAAACUGCCAAUCUUGUGAAAGAUUAUCUUAAAUUCAUAGAUGAUCAUUUGAAAGAAUCUGCUGAUCUUACCUGUCUCGCGUAUAGGCAUCGUACUUACUCAAAGGUUAUUGAGUUUGUUCAGUUCAAAAAUCGCUUACAACGCUCCAUGCAAUAUCUUUGUGUAAAAUCUGAUUCCGUGAUACUUAGUCUGAAGCAGAAGUCCGAGUCUCUUGAGGAAGUGGAGUCUGUACUUGAAAAUUUGAACCACUUGGUGUAUCUAUCAAAUGAAGACAACAUGAAACACCUCACUUUUAAUGAAGAUCUUGAGGCACGACCUUGGUGGACUCCAACAACCAGUGUAAACUUUCUUUCAGAACCAAUUGACGAAGUUUCAACACCUGUGUGCUUUAGGGCCAAAGUGUGCAAGCACAAAUCUACUGAGAAGGAUGGUCCUAAGAUGAGAGAUACUGAGAGAAAAUCUCUCGUUCCUCGGCUUAUUUAUCUUUCCAUGCAUGGUUGUGUAUCUUCCCUUGGGGAGACUGAACUCAACGGGGCUGUUUCUGACAUUACCAUUGGGGAAAUGAAAACCUUACUUGAGAAAUAUGCUAGGAGUAUUGGCUAUUCCAUUGAUGAUGCUCUAAGCAUGAUUCUGGGUAUGUCUUCAGGCAAGAAGUCUAUCAAGGAUUUUGCUCCUGAUAUAGUCAGCUGGAUGAGCUUUGCUGUAUUUAUUAAUGCGAUGAACUUCUGGUCAAAUGAGUCGCUGAUCCCCAGAACUGAUCAGAGUGGCCCUAGUUCCUGGCAGAUUGUGGAUAGUUUGGUGAAAAUCUGCGUAGAGGAGCAGCUGACUGAAGCCAAUCGAAUCCUGACUUGUCCAGGAAAUAACAUCCCAGUUUUAGUGCAGAUGGUUACAGAGCCCAUAUCUUGGCAUCUUAUCAUGAUUCAGUCCUGCAUGAGAGCGAUGGCUCCGCAAGGGAAGAAGAAAAAGAAAAGCGGACCAGCUGAGCGAUCAAACAUACCUCAGCUGCAAGGAAUCCAAAGAUCUGUUCAAUGCUUGAUUAACACAGUCCAAAGCAUCCAAAUAUGGUUAUCUGAUCAGAUGUGCCCAGAGGAGCAAGCUUUGGAUACCUUGUUGUCAUAUUUGCCAGCAGCCAGUGACGAAGGUCCUGGACAGAUGCUCCGUGUCUUGGAAGAUAAUCCAGCAGCGCAUCACUCUGAGCUUGGUGAUCGGAUUGCCCAGUCUUUGAAAACAUGGAAUUGUACUGACGCGCUAAGAAGAAUUGUGGGAGCAGAGCAUGAGCUGCUAGCUGAGUUCAAGAAAACAUGCGACUCAAAAUUAAAGCUACUCACGUCAGAAGCGGCUUCUCUUUCUUCGGUGUUACAUUAGCGUUCAUAAACUUUUGCACAUGAAUUUUGCUCUCGGCUUUACAUUAUAUAUGUUGUAACAGUAAAGGAAUUGCUGUGCGCUGUCCAUUGUUUGACUUCUCUUUAUAUGAUUUUGUUGGAGUGACAUCAUCUCCCUUUACCUUGUUUUAUAUUUCCGCUGCUGGCUGGAAAUGGUGGCUAUCAGUGAAAUUGUAUCAGUCGAUGAA